UCGGUGUUAUUUUUACAAUAUUAGGUGCGUUUUGUUCUGACCGGGGAAAGCUAAAUUGCGUUUGCCAAACUUCAGCAGUUCAGGUAUCUUCACCCCCAUUCUCACCGUGAAUGGUUUUGCCCAUGGAAUCGCUCCAACGCUCAGCGCACACAACACCGGAUUUCCAAGACACAGAUUUGUUUUUAUCUUAUCGCGUGCAUGUCAACUAAUAUUUAGUGUUUUUCUGCACAACACAGACACUGAUGCGCACUUGUAAAUGCUCUCGGUACUGGUCGAUUUGUCUGCUCAUUCGCUGGGACGCAACCAAGCUAAGGAGCUGCGCUACCAGUGAGUGGAAUUAAUAAGAUGGCCCUGUGUAGAUUUUAAAGAGCACCCCUAUCCUUUCCCCAUCCCAACAAUCAUUAGUCUCCCCCACCUGGAAGAUACUCAGAUAAUCUGCACACUGGUUCUGAACCAUACUGCCUACGCAGCCCAAGACCGUGACAACUAUUUGGUGUGAGAGUGUCCUCGGAGGGUACCGUGAGUACCCUGCGGGGCCCGCCUGCCUCGUCUGGCAGAGAGCUUGGCAUCUCUCCUCACACCUCCAGCAUCGGAGAUGCCCUCGCCUCCCAAUGACGGAGAGGAUCGAGGCGCAUCCCCCGUGAACUUGCCAUCUGUGGGCUCCUACCAUGGACAUGGCAAGAGGAAGGUGCGCACCAAAAAGAAGAAGGGUGUCAUCAGUGCCAAUGUUGCUGGCACCAAAUACGAGAUUGUUCGGCUAGUCAUCAAUGAGAUGGACUUUCUGAAAGCACGAGACGAAGACGAGACUGCCAAUCUCAUCUGGAACGACUCGGCUGUACAGCAUGAGAAAAUUGCGGAGCUCAGGAAUUAUCAGAGAAUUAACCAUUUUCCGGGUAUGGGUGAAAUUUGCCGCAAAGACUGCUUAGCAAGAAACAUGUCAAAAAUGAUCAAGUGCCAAUCCCAAGAGUACGGCUUUGUACCCAAAACAUGGAUCUUCCCCGCCGAGUACACGCAGUUCCAAAAUUACGUGAAGGAGCUGCGGCGGAAACGUAAGCAGAAGACUUUUAUCGUCAAACCAGCCAAUGGAGCCAUGGGUCACGGGAUCUCACUUAUCCGUAACUGUGAGAAGCUGCCUGCCCAGGAGCACUUUAUUGUUCAGGAGUACUUGGACAAACCUUUCCUAAUGGAGGGCUACAAGUUUGAUCUGCGCAUCUACAUCCUUGUCACUUCCUGUGACCCGCUUCGCAUUUUCCUCUACAAUGACGGCCUGGUGCGCAUGGGAACAGAGAAGUACCACGCACCCAGUGAGGCCAACCUGAGCCAGCUCUACAUGCAUCUUACAAACUACUCGGUCAACAAACACAACGAAAACUUUGAGCGGGAUGAGACGGUGGACAAAGGCAGCAAAAGAUCCAUCAGCUGGUUCACCGAGUUCCUGCGCAGCAAUGAUUACGACGUGGCCAAAUUCUGGGGUGACGUCUCUGAAUUGGUGGUAAAGACAUUAAUAGUGGCAGAGCCCCACGUGCUGCACGCAUAUCGCAUGUGCAGGCCCGGCCAACCACCAGGGAGCGACAGUGUCUGCUUUGAGGUGCUGGGCUUUGACAUAAUCCUGGACCGCAAGCUCAAACCUUGGCUCCUGGAGAUCAAUCGAGCCCCAAGCUUUGGGACGGAUCAGAAGAUUGAUUUUGAUGUCAAGAGAGGGGUUUUGCUCAACGCUCUGAAACUACUCAACAUAAGAGCCAGCGAUAAGAAACGCAACCUGGCACAGCAAAAAGCCGAGGCUCAGAGGCGACUCUAUGGGCACGGUUCCGUAAAGAAACUCUCGGCUGCCUCAUCAGACUGGGAGCGACAGCGUCACACCCUGGAGCGAAGGCGAGAAGAGCUUAAAGAACGACUGGCGCAGGUCCGCAAGCAGAUCUACAGGGAGGCGCACGAAAAACAACAUCUGGGCAACUACAGACGUAUUUACCCCCCAGAUGACAAGCUGCUGUUGGAGAAGUAUGAAAGCCUGCUCUCUUCCGCCUUUCAGACCUUCCUCGCUGGGCGAGCUGCCUCGCUUCAGAAGGAAAUGAAUAAUCCUCUGAAACAAAUGAAGGCACAGGACAUCUUGGAUCUGCUGGAGCAAUGCGAACUGGAUGACGAGAAGCUGAUGGGCAAAUCCUCAAGGCAACGUGGCCCUAAGCCCUUGACCACCAUGCCAGAGUGCAGCCAGACAUCACGCCGUCAACGGCCAGACUAUCUGGCUGACUUCACCAGUGGUAGCAGCGCUGAGAACUCUUGCUCAUCCUCAGACGAAGAGGAGGAAGAGAGGAGAAAAGCAGACGGGGGAAGUAGAAGUGGAGAAAAGAGGGAGAAAAAAGUCUCUUACGACCUCGGGAGCAAGGAGAAGAACUUGGCUGAACGCUCAGGUCGGAUGCAUUGGAAACCAACGGUCAAGCCUAUCAAAACCAAUCUGGCACCUUCAGUUUCUCCAACUCACUCCGGCCCAAUCAGACGCUCCAUCUCCUGUCCUCGAUCCAUAGCUUCCUUAUCGUCGCCCAAUGAACUGCGGGUUCUGUCUACUCGGGUCCCCCCUAACGUCCCUGUCAUCACGACCCUCGUUCGGCCGAGUUCCGCCACACUACGCUCGCAUUCGCUAAGCCGCAGUGGUUCUGCCCAUCGUGUGCCUCACAGUAACAGCCUGGGCACUAUCCACUCCCACAUUGGUGAUCCACUAAUUAACCUAAGGAAUAAAGAACAAGAGGCGGAGCUUAUACGGCAAACACUGACUGCGCUCACUGCAAUGAGGAUCCGAUUUCCUGGAAAAACAGAAGAGGAGGCAGAGGCCGUGCUGGAUGAGAUCCUUGACAACUGGAAAUACCAUAAACCGAAGGUAGCCUCCUACUGGCUUGUAAAAUUGGAUUCCACAAAACAACGGAAGGUUUUGGACAUUGUGAGGACCAAUGUGCGCUCAGCACUACAACGGAUCUGGAAAGAGCCAGAUUUGGAAAGCCUUCACUUGUACCGCCUCUUUAAUCGUGUCUUCAAUCGACUACUCUGGAGUCAUGGCCAAGGGCUCUGGAACUGCUUCUCCAAUUCUGGUUCAUCAUGGGAGAGCAUCUUCAGUAAGGGCAGCGAGGUGGUUUCGCCUCAGGAGCUGCAAUGCUGCCGCAGGCUGGUGCAGCUGUGCCGAGACUGUUUAUUAGUCGUCUACAAGUUUGUCUCGGAGUCCCGGGGCUCUUUGACCGGGCUCAGUCCAGAAUGGGACGACACCAGGUAUCUCCUGCCAGUGACCUCCCAGUUCAUCAUGAAGUGGCCUUUGUCCAGCUUUGGCCGCUUCUCCUCAGUCGCGCCACGCUCACGCAGCCUUUACGCCGCCAGAAUGGGACACUUCUGAGGUCACCAUGGCAAUGCCGGUUUCGGAGACUUUCACCUUUUGACCUCAGUCUGCCUCCUACGACUUUCUUCCAGCCAAACUCCCAAUAAGGCUCAUGACUCUUAAUAGCUCUGGACACCUGAUGGAGACCCACCGUGGCCUAUUGCCCCGGGUCCGACCAACAGGGGAAUUGGGACGGGCAUCGCGUUGAUUAAUUUUGACGCGGCCAUCCAGAACCUCCUCAACUUUGCCUUCAUCCCCCAUAACAGAAGACAGUGGACUCGUCCAGCCGCUCACAUUGUAAUUGCUCGAUUCUAACUCAUUGUCCAGCUAAAACUCACGGUACUGUAAAACAAAACAAAAAUACCAAUGCAAGGAUUUUAUUUAUUUAUCUAUUUAUUUAUUUUGUCAGAUAUUCCAUGAAUACAACGAAUGUUCACGCAGAAUGCAGCUGUGGAAUGAUAACCACAAAGCUUAUUUUUGUUGGCUGUUUUAAAUGCUUUCUUUCUGUAUUUUAAAGAUAAGUAACUUAUUUUAUAAUUGCAGUCAGAGUAUUUAUGUUUAUAAUCAUUUAUUACCUAGUUUACACAAGUGGCCCCUCCAUUCAACAAAAUAUGUUUUAUGGAAUAUUAAGUGCAGACUUUUUAAACAAGGUUUAGAAUGUAAGUGAAUUGCCACGAAGAGAACACGGCGAGCCAAACAUCUUGUAGAACACUUAGUUCCAAAUAUUGCACGUUAAAGAGAACUUUGCGAACGGGUGCACAUCGCAAAAGUGUUAGCAUGCUUGUUUUGUUUUUUUCCCAGCAAGUCCGAGGAAGUGAAUUGAAACACUUGAAGUUGCGUUUGGUUGUUUGGACAAUUCCCUUUAAAAUCUCACUAGUAAGUACAGAUGAAGAUGAUCAAGGGUGUGCUUUUGCUAUCACGUCUAAAUUGUUUGUGUAUAGCGCGCUGAAUGAUUGGGACCUUCAGCCCAAACACUAAUAGCAUGGAUGGGUGGGCCAGUAAAAAGCUCAUCUAUUUCAAUGAUGUUAAGGUUAAUAUUUCACGAACCAUCAUAGAACUGGUGAAGGACAGUGAAGUUUAAAAAGGCAUUAUGUUCGGGAGAGGAGCGGUAUUUAAUGUUAAGUAGUUUAGCAGCUCUGUGCACAAACCUAUCAGAUAAUAUACAAUGUCCAGACUAAUUUGGUGUGCCAAAAACUAGAACAGCAAAGUUAUUUCAAACUGCAAAAAAAUAACCUCCCCUUAUAGAUCAAUUUACAAUGCCAAUGUUUUUUUAUUUACUCAAUUUUACUUGUGUUGUUUUAAAGGCAUCGUUUACAAUGGAGGAAUGAGGUUUUUAAUGCUAUGGAGCAAUAAAAAGUUUAAACAACA